GGAACCCUGCAUGAAGCACAAGACAAGCAAAUCAAAAAUCAGACUCAGUAUAUAGCUGAAAUUUGUAUAAACCAACUACAAAUGGCUUCUACUACUGCUACCACUGAGUGCACUAUUACAAAUGGUGCUGGUGCUGGCCAGAAUCUAGUAUUGACUUUUUCGAACUACGAAACUGCCGCGGGAACGAUCGAGAAUCCACAUACAACAACUUUUACGCAGACUAUGCCAGCCAUCUAUCUGAACGGAGCUCUUGUGUAUAAAGUCGGUCGUUGCCUCAGGUGGAUAAUUUUUUGGACCUCUGAUAAUCAGGUCUCUACUAAGAUGUUCCGAAUUAAUGACCCUAUUGAUUGGGGACAAGUUGCAAACAAUCUUACAUCCGGCCACGGCGGCAAGAGCGAAGAUCGGAUUACUGAUACAGCCGGUUUUGGAUACACCGCAUGGGCAAGUAUUGAAGGUCAAGUAUUAACCGCCAAUAUCCUCGCCAGUUCCGUGCCUAAUUAAUCUAGCUUUGCUUUGAUUAAUUGCUGUCUAUCGUAUCUAGGCAAUCUGUGUGUGGUGGUGAGGCUGUCCAAACAAAAUAAAAUAGUUUGCACUACUACUAUUUUCUUUUAUAUUAUGUAAUACUAUAUUUAAAUAAAUUUGACAGCCAGCAAUAAAAGAUUGCCAUGUGUGCUUAGUUUGUUUCC